GUUUGAUACGAUUUUAUCACGGUGAAGCACCCUGUAUGCAGAUAUGAGUAUAUCUUUCCACUGGGCAACAACAUGUUGCGACGUUAAUUGUUGGAGCUUGAGGCAAAAUUGAGUCGCGGAUCAACGAACGUCGCGUCCCUCCCCCAGCGCUGCAGCGAUGCACUCUAGGGAAAUCUGGGGAAAGUUCAAUGUCCACAUUAGGAGGAACAUGCAAUUGCAGUGAUUGCAGGUUGGCAACGCUAGGUGUGUGUUGUGUUCGGCUGUGCGUCUCGUUUCUCUUUUGGCGCAAUCGUCUACUGUCUAUAUCGUUGUAUUUUUAUUGAAUUCAUUCGGGAGUCGAGAACCGCGCCGUGAUUGUGUGCUUUGCUCCUUUUGACUUGUUACGCGUCAGCCCUUCUCGUACGACCACAGGAAAGAGCGCCUCUGCACAUCCGCCAAGCGUCAGUCACCACAUCACGGACCCCCCAAAAACACUUUUGUUUACUUCUCAACGGUUUGCUCAAGAGUUGGCCAUCAUCAGCUGAGAUGUUCGGAGCAAUGACCACUCCUCGCGAUUCUUCUCAAGGGCUUCACGGGAUACUGUCCUGUUUGGAAACAUUCCAAAGCGAUAACGGCUGACAGUGCUUGUCUAAAAGAGGGCUGUGUCCACUUGAAGUAGCGAUAUGGGGUGGGCAAUGAAAGGGAAGAUACCAUCGCGCGGUUUCCUUUUCAUGUUUUCUGUGUUCAUUGGUGCCAUAAGACCAUGAUGCAGCACCAGCAAAGCUGAAAGCUGUCUUAUAACCUGGAGGCCUGCAACAUGACAGAAUCUGCAGAAAUUAGCGUGUGUGCAGCCACGCCGUUGGUAACGUUUGGGGUGCUGACAGACGUGCAAUAUGCAGACUGCGAAGACAAGCCAGCUGGCUACGAUCCUUCCCUCAUCCGAUACUAUAGGAACUCCCUGAACCAGGUGAAACAUGCUUUUGAGCACUGGAGUCGUAUGUCAGGUGUCAGCCUUGUACUUCAGCUGGGUGAUCUGGUCGACGAGAACAAUGCCAGCUGUGAGGUGGGGCUUGAACGUGUCCUCACCCUGUUCAGCCAGCUCCCUGUUUAUCACACUGUGGGGAACCACGAGCUCUACAACUGGGACAGGCACACAUUAGCUGAGCACUACGUUUGUGAGGGACUCGUAUCUAAGGCUGAGCCAGUCUUUUACUACAGCUUUGUACCUGUACCUGGAGUCCGUUUCGUUUCAUUGGACUGCUUCGAAGUGAGCGUACUAGGCUACGGGGCCGAGCACCCACGUCGACACGUUGCAGCAGAGCUGUUGGCACAGAAACAUGGAACAUGGGAUGAGAGCAAGUGGGAAUGGCCAGAUGCACUCAGUGGACUCGAACAGCGUUUUAUUAAUAGCAACGGUGCUGUAAGCCAGGAGCAGCUACUAUGGCUGGAUGGAGAAUUGCGACAUGCAGACGCAGCGGGAGAAGUUGUGGUUGUAUUUGGGCACUUGGCACUCUGUCCCAACAGUGCCAAUCCAGACUGCCUUCUGUGGAAUUACGCUGAAGUCCAGGCUGUGCUUGAAACACAUCCCAGUUCCACCCUGUACCUUUGUGGCCACGCACACCGGUGUGGCUAUUCAACAAAUGGACGUGGUAUGCAUUACAUGGCCCUAGCAGGGAUCAUUGAGACAUCUCCAUCUACGGUGGCAUACUCUACCAUCUCUGUAUAUCAAGAUCGCAUUGAAAUUCAUGGUGCAGGCCGGGAGGAAAGUCGCACCCUCUGGUUCAGGACUUCCGAAGCCCCAGAAGAGCCGCUGGAAGUGAAUCCUGUGGUCAAAGUGGUUGUCUGAAUGGCGCAACUGACCUUUUGUAUUUAUGUAACAUAUAUGUACUAGUGCCACACAUAGUGCUUAGGCUCUGUUCUCUAUUCGGUGACAUCUACAGCAUCAACAAAAUUUCUCCAUAGCAAAGUUUUCAACAUACACCAGUGUUCUUUUGAAAAACACGAGACGACUGUACCAAACUUCAAGAAGGAAAACAAGAAAUGCCGAAAAUGAGAGGCCUCUAGGUACACUGUGGUAUGGCAGAGCCAUUUCUGUACAGAAUUGAUGGAAGAAGUGAUCUUUUCAUACUAUGUGAAGGCCAGCAGGAAGAUAUUCGUAAAAUGUUUAAUUAAUGCUUCAAACAAUUUCAUACAGAAUUGUAAAAUAUCUAGUUAGUAACUACACUGUGUGACAUUUGUAGCCUCUCACAGAGCCCCAAAUGGGGAAAAUGUGCACACAAACUGAUGUUCAAGGUGUGACAAGUACUUUCUAUCAGCGGACCACGAGUGGUCGCCACUGGGUUAUGGCGGCAUAGGGCACUGUGUACUGUUAUAGCGAAGUGAACGUUCUGCAGCCAAAUGUGAUUGUUUAAAUGGAUUAAAUGGGUUUCACUCUAAUGCAUGUCUUAGAUAUGUAAGGAAUGCCUUGGGAAUAAAUUUAUUUUCAACUUUUGA